CAACAGGGCUAGCGUAGGCUUUCGGCAAGAUUCAGGCAGUCGCAGCGUCUGCUGCACGGUGCUUGUUCCGCAUUAGAGCGGCACGUGCGUUCGCUGACAAGUCAUUCUUAAGCAGAAUGUCCGAGGCCGGGGUUGCAAAUCUGUCCAUUGAGGACUCGCAGUCCAGCGUGGCGUCCACGGCAACCGCUGAUGCAAAGAAAGCAGCGAAGGAGGCCGCAAAGGCUGCUAAGGAGGCUGCCAAAGCAGAGCGCGCCCAGCAGCGCGGUGUCAAGGCGGCUGUCAUGACUCAACCGGACCCCGAGGACCCCCUUCGCGAGCAGUACGGCGAUUACCCCAUGGUGCAAAGCCGUGAGCAAAGCAGCCGUGUAUGGACCAAGGUGGAGAGCCUAGGCAAAGACCUCAGCGAGCAGAAGGUCUUGGUCCGCGCCCGCGUCCACACCACCCGGGGGAAGGGCAAGUCCGCGUUCCUGGUCCUGCGGCAGCGCACCGCCACUGUGCAGGCGGUGCUGUUCGCCGACGAUGUGACCGUAAGCAAAGGCAUGGUCAAGUACGCGACACAGAUCCCGAAGGAGUCCAUCGUGGAUUUGGAGGGCGUCGUGAAGGUGCCGGAGAAGCCCAUUGAGGGCUGCUCGCAGAAAGACGUCGAGCUCCAAGUGACGGGAAUCCGCACUGUCAGCCGCGCAGCAACGCUGCCGUUUGAGCUGGUGGACGCCUCGCGCUCGGAGGAGGAGGUCAAGGCCGCUGCCGAGCGGGGAGAGAUUCUGCCCACUGUGGGUCAGGACCUGCGCCUGGACAACCGCUUCCUCGACCUCCGCACGCCCGCAAACCAGGCCAUCUUCCGGGUGCAGAGCGCCGUGUGCCAGAUUUUCAAGAACACGUUGCUGGCGGAGGGUUUCCAGGAGAUCCACACUCCCAAGCUGAUUGCCGGCGCCUCCGAGGGCGGUGCUGCUGUGUUCCGGCUGGACUACAUGGGGGUGCCCGCCUGCCUGGCGCAGUCGCCGCAGCUGUACAAGCAGAUGGCCAUCUGUGCCGACUUUGACCGCGUCUUCGAGGUCGGCCCCGUCUUCAGGGCUGAGUUUAGCUACACUCACCGCCACCUGUGCGAGUUCAUGGGCCUGGACCUGGAGAUGGCCAUCCACGAACACUACUUUGAGGUGCUGGACGUCAUUGAGAAGCUCUUUGCGGCCAUUUUUGACGGCCUGUCUACCGAAUACGCCAAGGAGCUGGCGGUUAUCGCCCAGCAGUACCCGUUCGACGUGCCCACCUUCAAGCCCCUCCGCCUGACCUUCCCCGAGGGCAUCGCGCUGCUGCAGCAGGGCGGCUACCCGGAGGUGGACCCCUUGGGUGACCUCAACACAGAGCUGGAACGCGCGCUUGGGAAGAUUGUAAAGGAGAAGUACGGCACCGAUUUUUUCAUUCUUCACAGGUACCCGUCAGCGGUGCGUCCGUUCUACACCAUGCCCUGUGCGGACGACCCCACGUACUCGAACUCCUACGACGUGUUCAUCCGGGGAGAGGAAAUCAUCAGCGGUGCGCAGCGGGUGCACGACGCUGAGCUGCUCACAGAGCGGGCUACGGCAUGUGGCAUCCCCUUGGACACCAUCCAGUCGUACAUCGACAGCUUCAAGCUGGGAGCGCCGCCUCACGGUGGCGCGGGUGUGGGCUUGGAGCGCGUUGUGAUGCUGUACUGCGGCCUGAACAACAUCCGCAAGACGUCCAUGUUCCCGCGCGACCCCAAGCGCCUGACUCCGUGAGCUCCUCCUCAGGGGGGAGCUCCCUUGCUGGCGCCGUCCUUAAGCCUCAAGUCUUGAGGUAUAAUGCCGCCUCUAUCCUAAAUCCAAGCGUACUUUUAUGGUACUGGCAGGAUGCUGUAUAAGGGCACUCAGUGGUGUCUCAGCAUGCGAACGGCGCGCUCGUUUGCUUAGGCCCCACCUCGAGAAGCGAAUGGACGCCUACUGGGCGUAAGAGCGCUGAGGGGAGAACGUCUGUGUUGAGUGAGGCAUGCAGGAGGGGUGUGCGAGUAUGCGAGUUAAGGAGUCGUGUUGGCAGGGGGCUGCGGCGGGUGGGCCCAAUGCUAGUUGUAGUUAUGCAAUGGUGGCAGGACGUGGCCUUCAUUCACGUGGCCUAGCGCACUGCUAACCGGCAACAUAGAACCUCGUGAAGCUCAGCCGCGUGUUACUUCGCUGACCUGCUGGCGGGACGGAUGAGCACACCGCGCUGUGGUGUUCAUGGCAGUGACUGCGAUAGUUAUUAUAGUGCGAAUGGGCACAUGCGGCUGCAUGCUGGGGUAUUUUUUGUCCUGGUUCCGAUUCCCUUUCGUGAGGUUGCGUUCUUUGGGGGGUUCUGCGUGGUCCGGUUUGUACUCACCGUGGUGUGGUGCUUUCGGGUCCUCUUUUCUUUUUCCUCUCCCACGUGUAACCGGCCUCACGA